AUGAAUUCCCAGAUUCCUCAAGGAAUCCUUUCAGAUUUAUCCCACCUAGCAGUCCUAUCAAAUGAAAUCCUUACUCUAAUAAAAGGCUCAUUUGAAGAGUUUUCCUGUAUUGAGCAUUUUGAAAAAGAUCAAGAAGAACAAUUUCAUUCAGAAAUUUCAAACGAAAUUUGCAAAAACCUGAAUUUAAUUGCCAAACAAGCUGUAAACUUGCUAAGCCAAGUUAUUGAAAAUAAUGAAAAAGCUGAAGAAUUAAAUAAAGAAAUCGAGCUUGAAAGAGAAAAAAUCGAGGAAUUGACGAAUAAUUUUUCGGCGCUACAAGAAGAUUAUAAUGAUCUUUUAGAGUACAAAGAAUUGUAUGAAAAAUCAAUUGAAAUUGAAAAAGAUAGAGAAAUUGAUACUGAUUAUUUAAAUAUGAUUGAAGAAAGUAAAGCUGAAAUUAAUGAGCUAAGGAAGGGAUUAGGCAUUUUAGAAGAGGAUAAAAAUUUGCUUGAAGCUAAAUAUAACGCUUUAAGAAAUAAAACUGAAGAAAACCAUUCAUUUGAUGCAAGGAAUUAUGAACAGGUUAUCGCUGUAAUUGAGGUAGAAAAGACAAGGCUGGAAAAGGAAAAUGAGGAAAUUAAGAAAAUUUUAAAUGAAAAAGAAAAGAUGCUGAAGGAGAGGGAAAGAGAAAAUGAAGACAGUUUAGGAGAAAUUGAGAAGAGAGAUUUGUGCUUGAAUAAAGCUAAGUUGAUGAUUAAUCAGCUCAUUGCUGAAGGAGAAAAGCAAAGUAAAGAAAAUUAUGAAAUAAAAGAAGAGUAUAAUAUGUAUAUGAAAGAAGCUGAAAAAAUGAUAAAUGAUUUGAAUAAUCAGCUGUUGAAAGAUGCGCAGCACGAAGAUCAGCUGAGAGAAGAACUGAAUAGGCUGAGAGAUCAAAUAAUUAAAUCAGAAAAUGAAUUAUCGCAAAGUAUGUAUACCUUAAAUAUAUAUUUAAAAUAAUUAAUUAAUAUUUUUUAUAAAAAAUAAUUGAAGAUCCAAAUAGGAAUAUAUUAUUAAAGAAACUGCUGAGCAAAAUACAGAUUUACAAUUACAACUUAAAGAAUUAAAUAAAAGCGAAAAUCUUCAGCUUGUAGAAAUUUCCAGGAUAAAAAUUCAGCACAAGAGAUCAUUAGCAAUUACAAGCCCCCAUCUAACUUUCCUCAUAAAAGGUAUAAAGCAAGCCAACACCACAAUUACCCUCGACACAUACGGCCAAACAGACAACAAUGAAACACUAUUUCUAUCUCUCACAGAAUACGAAAAAAUCAACUCAAAAAUCGACCUCCUCGAAAGAGAGCUCGAAAAAAGUCAAUAUGAAGCCACAAAUUUAAAAGAAAACAACUCAGAUUUACAGCACAAAUUGUCUACCAAAAUAGAAGAAUUCCAAGCUAGCCUUUCCCUACAAAAAGCUAUGAAAGAUGAAUUUGUCGAAAUGAUUAAAGGAUAUAAAACAGAAAUCCAGGCAAGUAAAGAGAAAGCUAAUUUAGAAAGAAAACUUAAAGACGAUCUCUAUGAAAUUGAAAAAAAAUUAGAAAUUGCAUUAAAAUCAGAACUGGAAUGUAAUGAAAAAAUACAAAUGACAGAAAAAGCUUUUAAUGAGCAAGCAAAAGAGCUUGAAGCCAUUGAGAUUGCAGUUUCUCUGCUGGAAGAAGAAAUUUCUUUAACUGUUAAUCAUAAUGAAGCACUUCCAACAAGGGUACUUGAUAUAAAAACUAGAGUUAUCCAGCUUAUCAAAGCGAAGGAAAUUGAAAUAAAAGGACUUAAAGAAGCCAAUGAUACAAUAAAAAUGAACCAUUAUUAUACAUCGCAGUCAGAUUUGCUUUAUAAAUCUCAAGACUCAACUCAGUAUAAAACAAUGACUGCAGAUACAUUAAGAGGGUUUGUGUCUUUAACUAGAAGCAGAGAAGGGCUUCUAAAAUCAUAUCAGACAGCUGAUAGUAUUACAGACAGAAGAUACAAAAGUAGCAAUACAAGAGAUUUAUGCGAUAAAGAAACUCUUCACUCCCCCCCCUCGAAAUUCGACCAAGAUUUUUAAAAAAAAUUAUAUAGAAUUGUUUUAAUAUAAUUUAGUAGUUAAAAAAAACAUUAUUUAUCAUAUUCUUCUGUAUGGUUGAGAGGGUGUAAGUUAGAAAAAAUAGUGCAAGAUGGUUUUGUAACGCUUUUUUAGAACUUGAAUACAAAAAUCGCAAGCUCACCCCCACAUAGUUUAAAAAAUUUUGCAAAAUUGCUUAUUUUCCUAGUAAAUUUAUAUAGGUCUUGGUCGAACUUUGAGGGGGGUUAAUUUUCCAAAAAAAUAGGAAUUUUCCCUAUAUCUUGGUCGAACUUCGAGGGGGGGGGAGUCAGGAAAAAGAAGAUUAUAUUUAUAAAUUAGAAUCAAAAAUAAGACGAUUAAAAAAGCAUUCACAUCAUAAGUGUCGAGGGAAAAGCAUGGAAGUAAGUGAAGUAAAAAUACUUGUUGAAGACAUUAUGAAUGUAAUACAAGGCAAAGAAGCUGUAUCAAUUUUAAUUGGAAAUGAUGCAAAAAAUAUAGAAAUUGUAAUUAUUUACACACAGUAAAACAAAAUUUUAUUUGAUAAAAAUGUGUAUAAGUCUCCUUCCCAAAAAAUAUUUUUAACCAAUUCAUAAUGUGAUAUCGCAACGCAGAUUUGCCAGAUAAAUCUUUUUAUUUGUCACUUAUAGAAAUCCUUCAAAAAUCACCUUCUUUGAAAGACCAAGAAAAAAGACUAAAUAUUUUGAAACAAAUUUUAGAAAAUGGGUCUAUCAUGGCUUUUUCUACACAGAUUUUAGGCUGCAUCCAAAGGCUAGCAGCAUCUCGACAUAUUGACAUAAUGAAAGAAAUUUUUAAUGUCACUAAAAAAAUGCAUAUGAGUUUUUCUGCUUCUAAAGAAAGUAUUGUAAAGGUAAGCAGAUGCAUUGAAGGAAUGAAAGAUUCUAUAAAUGAAGCAGAAAAUAUGCAUAAAGGGCUUAUAGCUAUAAGGAUAUUAGAUAUGGUUUCUGGGUUUUUAAUUGAUUUACUAGAAGAGUAUGAAAAUAAUAAUGCAAAUAUUGAAAUUAUUAUUGAUGAUUUAACAAAUUUUUGUAGCUGUUAGUUAUUAAGACUUAUAGAGAAGCCUGCUGCAUUUCCAUGUGGACUAUCUCUACCCAUAUCACUCGCUUCGAUUGUUCUUAAAAAGGUUGAUCCUGCCUGACGAGGGUGUGCACUUCACCCAGUAGUUGAGUGAUUCGCGUUACCGUUAUGUAAAUCUACAAGGUUGUCUGCCAUUUAAAAUUUCAAAUGGUUGAAUUUUCUUGUCGACUCUCAAACCCGUUGUCUAAGGUGUUUCACACAGUGGAAUAGCCCCCGACUGCUCAAGGCAAACGCCAUUAAUUCUGUUGCAAAACCAAGCUCCAAAUUUCAGAUCCAUCUCCCUCUGAGGCAAAAACCUAGCAUUGGAAUAAAGCCAGAGGUCAGCCACCCUGACAUUGCCCUUCCCCAGCCCAAGAAAAGUUGUCGGAUACACAAUAUUCCUUCCUUGGGGUCCCUGGCACCCUGUAGGAUGCUAGCUACAAAAGUUAAGAGGGUUGGUUGAUUCGCCAUGCCAUUUUAAUAUAUAUACAAAUCUUUUGUAA